AGUCGCUUUGCCUGCUUCCUACUCGCUGCAGCUCGCUUUUCUUGGGGAAGGGGGAAUAAAAACCAGACUUUGAGCGCCCUGGGGGAACCGCGGCCGCCCGCCCCGCCCCGACGGGCUGCUCCGGCAGCACCACCGCUGCCCUCAGCACCUCCCGAAGGCUCCCGCGGGCGGAGCCCGCCGGGGCGGUGGAUGGGGAGUCCCGUCGCGGUCGGGUCGAGCCGGGCGGGGCUGGGGCGGGCCAGGCACCACCUGCCCUCUCCCGGCGCAGCGCGGCGCGGCGGGGCUCGGCACACUCCACCCACCCACGGCUACUUGUUCGCCCCUCGACGGGCCGCCUCCAUUUCCACUCGUGGGCGGCCCGCGGAGCUGACCCCGUCCCGGGCGGAGCGCGGAGGAGACGGCGGCCAUGUCGCGGGACCCCGCUAUGGCGGCGUGGCUGCUGGCGCUGCUGAUCUGUGUGAAUUAUGGAAAUGGACUCUAUGUGAAGGUUUACAAUCAAAAUGGCAGGAGUGGCAUGUUGUCUCAUCCCAACAGCCUAGUCAGACAGAAACGAGAAUGGACAGUCCCUCCGGCUUUCAUACGGGAAGAGGAAGACAAUUCCUAUAAGAAUCCGAUUGCUAAAAUACAUUCUGAUCUUGAAGAUACAGGGAUAGUGGUAACUUAUACUAUAUCUGGUCAAGGAGUAACAGAACCCCCUUAUGGAUUAUUUGUUAUCAAUGGGAAGACUGGAGACCUGAACAUAACAGGAAGGGUUGACAGAGAAAAGACUCCAAUGCUGCUUCUCAGAGGUCACGCGCUGGAUAAGACUGGAGCAAAACUGGAAGAGCCAAUAGACCUCCCAAUUAAAAUUGUGGAUAUAAAUGACAAUUUUCCAGUGUUUUCACAUGAAGUUUUUGCUGGUUCAGUGGAAGAAUUAAGUGAAACAGGUACAAUUGUAAUAAGGAUAAACGCCACAGAUGCAGAUGAGCCAAAUAACCUAAAUUCCAAAAUUGCUUUCAGGAUUGUUUCCCAAAGCCCUAGUGCUGCAUUCAGUAUGGAUAAGGAUACUGGUGUGGUUCGAGUAGCAAAAAUAAACCUUGACAGAGAGACACAAAGUAGUUAUUCUUUGGUGGUGGAAGCAAAAGACCGUGGUGGUGAAUUAGGUGGGAAUGCUGCAACGUGUUCUUUAGAAAUCAAGAUUUUGGAUGUUAAUGACAAUCUGCCUGUGGUUGAAAGUAGCACAUUUGAAGGAAGCAUUGAAGAAAACAGAGCAAAUGUGGAAAUUCUGCGAAUAAAAGUAUUUGACAGAGAUGAAGAGUUUUCUGAUAACUGGCUGGCAAACUUUUCAUUUGUUUCUGGGAAUGAAGGUGGCUUUUUUCGUAUAGUAACAGAUACCCAAACAAAUGAAGGAGUUCUGACUGUUGUGAAGGAGCUGGAUUAUGAAACCAUGCAAAGCCUGAACUUGGGCAUUGUUGUUACAAACAAAGCAGAGUUCCACAAGUCAAUUAAACACAGUUAUAAAGCACAAACAAUUCCAAUCAAAAUUAAUGUGAUUAAUGUGCGGGAAGGCCCUGUAUUCCCUGGUGGCACAAAAAUUAUUGAAGCAAGUGAGAAACUUCAGAUAAAACAGGUUAUUGGACAGUAUCAAGCCUAUGAUGAAGACACUGGAAAACCAAGCGAGAAAAUUAUAUACAUGAAGGGAAGAGAUAUGGCAAACUGGAUCACAGUAGACUCAGUCACAGGUGAAAUCCGACUUGCCAAAGAACUUGAUUACGAAUCACCUCAUGUAGUGAAUGGUACCUACACUAUCACCAUGUUGGGUGUAACUACUGAUCUUCCCAAGAAAACGGUCACCGGCACAGUCGUUAUUCAAGUUAAAGAUGAGAAUGAUAACUGCCCAGUUAUUGUGAACCCUGUGCAAACUGUGUGUUCAGAUGCAAAAUCAGUUGAUGUUACAGCUAAUGAUUUGGAUGGUUACCCAAACAAUGAUCCCUUCAGUUUUACUGUCAUUGAUGAGCCAGAAGGGACAGCAAAUAACUGGAUAAUUGGAUUCAGCAAUGGCACCAGCAUACAGCUGGUACCACAAAACCUGAAGCUGGGCAGAACUGAAGUUCCCAUCUUAAUAAAGGAUUACCAAGGGUUCAGCUGUGCUCAAACACAGUCUGUGCAACUGACUGUUUGUAAAUGUGCGGAUGACGGCAUAUGCAGAGAGAAAUUUAUUGGCGCUCAGACUGUGGGUCUGGGACCAGGAGCGGUUGCACUAAUCAUCUUGGCAUUUUUACUUUUGCUGCUUGUUCCGCUGUUAGUGCUCCUGUGUCCCUGUGGCUCAGGAGCAAAGGGAUUUGCUGCAAUUCCGGACUACAGUGAGGCGAUGUUGCGUCAGUGGAACAGUGAAGGAGCAGCUCCCGAGGAGAAGCCAGUGCUAAGCUUCAUCCCACCCACUGGACUGGGGAACUCCAGAGGAGCAACUGGUGUAGCAGUAACAGCAGCGGCAGGAGCAGCAGGAAUGAGUGGAGAGGAAAGUGCAGCAGGAGGAGGCAGCUCUGCCUCUCAUGUAAGAGAGCACUGCAACACUAUUACCAAGGAAAGAUGGGAAGAACAAAGACAUCUCCUUUCUGGUGCUGAGUAUGGAGCCAUGGCAGCUGGAGGGGUUGAAGGCAUGGCAGGUGUAGAAGGCAAGACAGUGGUGGCUGGAGGAGGAGUCGCAGUGGGAUCAACAGGAGCCAUGAAAGAAGAAUUUUUAAGAGACUACUUCAAUGACAAAGCUGUCUCUUUUGCGGAUGAAGAUGAAACCCAGGCUGCAAACGACUGCCUCCUGGUUUAUUCCCAGGGAGAGUCAGGCUCCCCCCACGGCUCAAUCGGCUGCUGCAGCUUUAUUGAGGGCGAUCUUGAUGACCACUUCCUUGAUGAUUUAGGAGACAAAUUUAAGACUCUAGCAGAAAUAUGCAUAGGCAGACACAUAAACAUGAAAGACAGUAGCUCCAGGAAUGAAUCAAGUUUCAGUCUUAAUGACUCAAAGUCACAGUUCUUAGAUCAGCAAAAUGCUUCCAGCUUGGAAGAAGCCUUUGCCUCGGGAAGCCGCUUCCAGCCUGCCCCGCCAGUGCACGGAGGCAGUGGUGUAGAAGAAGACACCCUGUCCAAGGAGGUGGUCACAGAAACAACCUUCGCCUCCCGCUCUGAGCAGCACAAUGCCCAGCCCUUUCCCACGGCCCACUCAGAGACCAAUUUCACCAUGACAGAAAUGUCCUAUUCUGCAGGGGCUCCUGCCCGCUCGACCACUGUCUUUCUAGACCCCCAGUUUAAGGAGAACAUAGUGGUGACAGAGAGAGUACUGGCACCAGCGUCAAGCUUGAAGGGUAUGGUGGAAAUCCCUGAUUUGCCACAUGAAAGUAAUGUGGUGGUUACAGAGAGGAUGGUGAAAUCGGAGGGAGCCGGGCCAGGAGCCCUGACGGUUGGAGAUCUCCCUGACUCCCAGUAUGUCGUGGUGAGGGAGCGGGAGAGGGUGCUUGUGCCUGCUGCAGAGCAGGGCUCACUCCCAUUCCCUGCUGCAGGAGGGGGGCGCAGCAUGGUGGUGAAUGAAAGGGUGGUCACAGCCUCAGGGAUGCAGAGCAGAGCUGAACAGGCAGCAGAUGCCAGCCUGGGAAGGCAAGACCACGUCUUGAUCGCAGACUCCUCACUUAACCAGGCAGGCUCCAAUGUAGAAGGGCCUCCUUCUGCCAGCGCCACACUGAGCAAGUCUUCCAGGGUCACCAAGUACAGCACAGUGCAGUACACUCGCUCCUAGCCUGGCCCCGUGCAGGGCCGUCUGUGUCUGGCACUCUUGUGUCCACAUGUGUCUUGCCUCAGGCUUUUUCUUGAGACCUGAAUUUACUGGCGCUUUCAGAAUGCCAUGGACUCCCUUGCAGUAAUUUGUAUAAAUAAGGUUUAUGACCAGGAAGUUACUAAGGAAGUCUGCUGCUGCUAUGUAAGAUUGGCAGCGAUGCUUUUGAAGUGGAAAGAUAGGGGAAAUAUUUUUUUUUCCCCCCUUGUUUGCUGUUUUUGUAAUUGCUUUUUAUUACUCAGUGUACGAAUACCACAUAACCAUAGCUGCAUAAUUAGGGGAGAGCAGAAAUCUAAAAUCUAGUGAUGGACGUAGCGUGCAAAGCACAAGCUAGGCUUCUGAACUGUUGUUUAGUGUCUAAGGAAGUUCUUUACCGUGAGGGUGGUGAGGCACCGGCACAGGUUGCCCAAAAAAGUGGUAAAUGCUCCAUCCCUGGCAGUGUUCAGGGCCAGGUUGGACAGAGCCUUGGGUGACAUGGUCUAGAGUGAGGUGUCCCUGCCCAUGGCAGGGGGGUUGGAACUAGAUGAUCUUUUCCAACCCAAACCAUGCUAUGAUUCUGUGAUUCUGUAUCUGCUGAAGUCAUCCCUAAGGGGCAUCAGUUUCUCAUUGUGUUUUGCUGUCUGUUACCUUGUGGGCCAGGGCAGCUCCUUCUGAGCUGCAAUUGCUAAGAAAUCUCUCCUUCCUGAGAAGCACAGGCCACCAAAGCCUGUACAUCCUCAGGCAGUUGCUCUGCUAGAGGGAUGUCACAACUUUGGGUUAUCAGUGUACCUUAAGCAAUCAAUACUUGCAUAUUAGCACAGGGAUUAAAGAAAGCAAGUAGCAAAAAAGCUGAGAAUGCAAUUUUUUUGGUACCUCGAUAUAAAAAUUCUUGGACUUGGCUCUAGGCUGACAUGACAAGUAAUCAUUUGCAUCAUAUAGUUUUUUCACUGGUUCCUAAUUGGCCUAUUAACAAGGUAUGAGAAACAGCCAAAACGUUGGCUUUAGAGCUAGACAUUCACGUAGUGGCUUUGCUAGCAAAGUUUAUGGCCCUUAGACGUGUAGGAUCUGAUUUACAAGUGCAGUUAACUAAGUGACUUUAAUUCUGUCUGUGAUCUCUCAGAUACAAGCACAGAAAUGCAGUCGGAUGUGUGUGUGUGUGUGUGUGUGAGAUUCUGCUAGCUCCAAGCACCACAGCUCACGUGACCUGUGUAGUGCCGUAUGUAGCUCUGAGAAGGCAAGAGAAAGCUCCCUCUAUGUCUGCACAACUUAAGAUUACUUUUCUUUCCAUGUACUGUGUGGCAAAACCUGAAGACAAUACUGCACUGUUUGACACUAUAUGUAUAUAUGCACAUGUAAAUAUUUACAUGCGGUUUGCAACAUUUUAAAGUGUAUUUUUUUAAGGAAAAACUGUCAUACACUCAUGUUUUCACAGAGUAGGAAGUAUUUUAGAUUAGGUAUUGGUACUAUGUUUAUCUUAUACCUGUAAAAUCAGCAAGCUGGUCAUAUGGUACUGCAAAGCCCUUGCACCUGCAGAGCUUUCUGGUUGUCUCCAUCCCUCCUGGAUUUUUCCUGCAGCUGCAGUGUUGUUUUCCACUGCUAUGUUUUGCCUUUGACUAGAAGUGCUUUCAGAGUAUUUGAUUUUACUGAUAAGGAUGUAAAAGUUGAUUCAAAAACACAGAUAUUCAAAGUAGGAACCAUGGCUAUGCUCAACAGGACCAUUACACCGUUACAUUAAAUGGAUAAGUACUUCCAAGCAAAUCAAACUACUCCCUCGCAUGGAUAUAUUGGUUAUUUAUCUCUUACGCUUCAUUUUUAAAGUAUGUUUAUUUACUUCUAAGCAAACAUGCAGUUUUAAGUGGUCACCACUUUUUCCUGCAGUUGCAGGGAGUGAACUUACCUCUGACUUUUUAAUGGAGUAUUUUUAUGGUUUUAUGCAAUCUUAAAAUAAAGAACUCUCUGGGUUUUUUGGU